CACUGCUGCAAGCCCAGAGCGGCGGGAUCGGCGGGCCGCACAGGACGCAAGGACUGUCACUGCGGACGCGCCGAGCUCACCGACUUAGGACACCGGCCUCAGGGGAGCAUCCGGCCUUUUCCUCGGACUCCACGGCUCCAGAUUCCGGGUGAGCAGAGUUCGGGGCGGAAGGCGAUGUCUGCGGAAACUCACCGCGGUUCCCCGGGGAACCGGGUGCCUCCGUUCGCGCGUCUCUGUUGCAUCUCGGCCGUGCUGGGGAUGCUGUGGUCCCCCGUGUCGCUGGCGUUCAACUUGGACGUGGACAAGCUCACGGUGUACACUGGCCCUGAGGGCAGUUACUUCGGCUACUCACUGGACUUCUACAUACCUGAUGCACGCACAGCCAGCGUUUUGGUGGGGGCGCCCAAAGCCAACACUAGCCAGCCGGAUAUCGUGGAAGGGGGAGCUGUCUACUACUGUCCCUGGCCCGCAGAGGGAUCUGCACAAUGCAAGCAGAUACCGUUUGACACCACCAAUAACAGGAAAAUCAGAGUUAAUGGAACCAAAGAACCUAUAGAAUUUAAAUCAAACCAAUGGUUUGGAGCAACAGUGAGAGCUCACAAAGGAAAAGUCGUGGCCUGUGCUCCUUUGUAUCACUGGAGAACUCUUAAACCUAACCCAGCAAAGGACCCUGUUGGCACAUGUUACGUAGCAAUUCAGAAUUUCAGCGCUUAUGCUGAGCACUCUCCUUGCCGCAACAGUAAUGCUGAUCCUGAAGGCCAAGGAUACUGCCAAGCAGGCUUUAGCCUGGACUUCUAUAAGAACGGAGACCUUAUAGUGGGAGGACCUGGAAGCUUUUAUUGGCAAGGUCAGGUGAUCACUGUCAGUAUAGCAGAUAUCAUUGCAAACUACUCAUUCAAGGAUAUUCUAAGAAAACUGGCAGGAGAAAAGCAGACAGAUGUGGCUCCAGCUUCCUACGAUGACAGCUACCUUGGAUAUUCGGUUGCUGCUGGAGAAUUCACUGGGGACUCUCAGCAAGAAUUGGUUGCUGGAAUUCCAAGAGGAGCACAGAACUUUGGAUAUGUCUCCAUCAUUAAUUCCACAGAUAUGACCUUCAUUCAGAAUUUUACUGGUGAGCAGAUGGCAUCUUAUUUCGGAUAUACAGUGGUGGUAUCAGAUGUUAACAAUGAUGGCCUGGAUGACAUAUUGAUCGGGGCACCUCUCUUUAUGGACCGUGAAUUUGAAAGUAACCCUAGAGAAGUAGGGCAGGUCUACCUGUACCUACAAGUGAGCGCCCUCGUCUUCCAAGACCCACAGGUCCUCACCGGCAAGGAGACUUUUGGGAGAUUCGGUAGCUCUGUGGCCCACUUGGGGGACCUGAAUCAAGAUGGAUACAACGACAUUGCCAUCGGCGUGCCCUUUGCAGGCAAGAAUCAAAGAGGCAAAGUGCUCAUUUACAAUGGGAACUCAAAAGGCUUGCACACCAAGCCUUCCCAAGUUCUGCAGGGCAUAUGGGAGUCACAGAGCAUCCCUUCUGGAUUUGGCUUUUCUCUAAGAGGAGAUGCAGACAUAGACAAGAAUGAUUACCCAGAUUUACUUGUAGGAGCAUUUGGAAAAGGGAAAGUAGCUGUCUACAGAGCAAGGCCAGUUGUAACAGUGGAUGCCCAGCUCCUGCUGCACCCGAUGAUUAUCAACCUUGAAAAUAAAACUUGCCAGAUUCCAGAAUUCCCGACACCUGUAGCCUGCUUUUCUUUAAGAGUCUGUGCAUCUAUAGCAGGCCAGAGCAUUUCAAAUACAAUAGCUCUGGCCGCCGAGGUGCAGCUAGAUUUCCUGAAGCAAAAAGGAGCCAUUAAGCGGACGCUCUUCCUCCACAACCACCAGUCCCACCUCACCUUUCCCUUUGUGAUAAAGCAGCAGAAAUCCCUCCACUGCCAGGACUUUCUCGUUUACCUUCGAGAUGAAACUGAAUUCCGAGAUAAAUUAUCUCCAAUCAACAUUAGCCUGAACUACAGUUUGGAUGAUUCCAUCUUUAAAGAUGGCUUGGAGGUGAAACCAAUUUUGAACCACUACAGGGACAAUGUAGUUACUGAGCAGGCUCACAUCCUGGUGGACUGUGGAGAAGACAAUCUGUGUGUUCCCGACUUGAAGCUGUCAGCCAGACCAGACAAGCAUCAGAUAAUUAUCGGGGAUGAAAAUCACCUUAUGCUCAUAAUAAAUGCAAGAAACGACGGAGAAGGAGCCUACGAAGCUGAACUCUUCGUCAUGAUCCCCGAAGAAGCGGAUUAUGUUGGGACUGAGCGGAACAACAAGGGACUGCGGCCACUGAGCUGUGAGUACAAGAUGGAAAACGUGACCAGGAUGGUGGUGUGUGACCUUGGGAACCCGAUGGUGACUGGAACAAAUUUUUCUCUGGGCCUCCGAUUUGCUGUCCCUCGUCUGGAGAAAACAAACACAAGCAUUAACUUCGAUCUCCAAGUCAGAAGCUCCAACAAGGACAAUCCAGACAGCAAUUUUGUGAGCCUGCAAAUCAACAUCACUGCUGUCGCUCAAGUAGAAAUAAGAGGAGUGUCCCACCCUCCGCAGAUUGUUCUGCCCAUCCACAGCUGGGAACCAGAAGAGGAGCCUCACAAGGAGGAGGAAGUUGGUCCUUUGGUGGAACAUAUUUAUGAGUUGCACAAUAUUGGACCCAGUACCAUCAGUGACACCAUUCUUGAAGUGGGCUGGCCAUUCUCUGCAAGGGAUGAGUUUCUCCUCUAUAUUUUUCAUCUUCAAACUCUGGGACCUCUACGAUGUCAAACAAACCCUGAAAUCAAUCCGGAGGAUAUAAAGCCUGCAGCCUCCCCAGAGGACACCCCUGAGCUCAGCGCCUUCUUGAGAAAUGCUACAAUUCCUCAUCUUGUCAGGAAGAGGGAUGUGCCAGUGGUCCAGCUCCACAGACAGAGUCCUGCAAAAAUACUGAACUGUACAAACAUUGAGUGCUUGCAAAUCUCUUGUGCAGUGGGACGACUAGGAGGAGGAGAGAGUGCAGUCCUGAAGGUCAGAUCAAGACUGUGGGCCCACACGUUCCUCCAGAGGAAGAAUGAUCCCUAUGCUCUUGCAUCUCUGGUGUCCUUUGCAGUGAAGAAGAUGCCUUAUAAAGACCAGCCAGCAACACUCCCCACUGGGAGCAUAGCAAUUAAGACUUCAGUGAUUUGGGCCACUCCAAAUGUCUCCUUCUCAAUUCCAUUGUGGGUCAUAAUACUAGCAAUCCUUCUUGGCUUGCUUGUUCUGGCCAUCUUAACUUUAGCUUUAUGGAAGUGUGGAUUCUUUGAUAGAGCAAGACCUCCUCAGGAUGAAAUGACAGACAGGGAACAACUGACCAGUGACAAGACACCAGAGGCAUGACUCAGAAACAACAUGAAGACCUAAAAUUCAAACACUGGUCCUAUUCUAAGAAAGAAAGAAAGGACACAAGAGCAAAAUGAUCAAAGCCUUCCAUACCUGCCAGUGACCUAGGGAAUGGAAGGAUGCCUAAUGAUCACCUCAUCUACUUCAUGCAUUGACGUGGAGUGCAGAGAACCCUGUGGGGAAGGAAACCACCUACACUGUAGAAACAAUUAGCCGUUGUGACAAUUUCUUUUGCUUUCACCAUUUCACAUCUGGCAGACAUUUUGGAAUGGCUGUGGGAACUCAGGCAGCCAUCCAGAUCAGCCCAAUGCGACUUGCGAAAACGGUUCCUGCAGAGAUGAGAUGGACUAAGGUUGAACACUACUGUAACCUGAUGGAAUCUGUGACACCUCCCUAGGGACGAGAAACCUUUCUAAGGAAGCAAUGGCUCAGGGAGACACACAAUAUGUUGUCAGGACUGUGAAAGUACUUGUGAAAUAACCAAGAUCAUUUCAUUGAGUGAGGACAAAAAAUGUAUUUAUUUAUUUUCCAUUUCUCUAGGUAGAGAAUCAGGCCAUCUAGAGGAUUUGGAAAUUAAGAGUUAGUUGGCUAGAUUUCAAUAUCACUCAGAUUAUUUCCUCAAGACAACUACUCUGUGCAGAUAACAUGUUUGAUUCUUCAUUUGCUAAACAGCAUUACAUGCAAAUUGGUGCCAGGGGUCGGUUUUGCUUAAUAUCUUGCUGCCUGUUACCUGGAGUUACUUUUCUUCAUGUUCUCCAGGGACUGAAAUCUGCAUAAUUCGACACAAAAUUUUGUAUUUAUAGUUCCUUUUAUACAUGUAAUAUUUCUACUGAUUUCUCUAAACUCACUACCUUGAUAGAGUUUUUAAAAUACUGGCACAAUUUUUAGAGUCCGUAUAAAAAACAAUUUAACAAUAUGGGUGAAUAUUAUUUUAAUAGCUACAGUAAACACCAAUAUUUAGCUUGGGAUCUACACACUUACUAUUAUUAUAAUACCUCACACUAAUAGAAAUAAGAAAAUGUGUUGAACAUAAAUAAGAUGGAGAUAUAUGAAUUUAUACAAGUGUGAGAGAAACAGAAAAGUCACUCUUAAGGAUGUAACAAUACUUAUUACAACUUUAUUACCCACUCCUUACUGUUUAAUCUUUCCUAGAAUGUAAUAUUGGGAAAUAAUCUUCUACAUUUAAGCUAUUUUACCAUCAUCUUUACUUAACCAUCCAGAAAAUGUUAUUAGAGCUCUUGUAAAUAAUCCAUAAUCAUUUGUAAUAUUACCAUUUUGAAGUAAUAUUGACCAGCCAAAUUCAUAAGAUGGCCUGCACAAUGUUAUAGCCUUUUUAUAAAAAUGAAAAAUUGCUAUGGAGAAAUGCUCAACAAAAUUUUAUGUGCAAUAUAUAUAAAAAAACCUGUAUCUGAGGCAUGUUUACACUGGCAUUAGUUUUUUUAAUUAAUAUCCUGAAUACUAAGUCUGAUACAACAAGCUGACCAAAAUCCAAAUGUUUACAAAGCAGUCUGGAAAAUCUGUGUCUUAAUCUCAACAAUGACACUUUAUUUGAAAGAUGAACCAAACUCACAGACAAUAAAUUUUAUGUGCUGCCUUAACCUGGAAAGGAGCCACUUGGUUUCAGUUGCCAAAGUUCUUUGGAAAGCAAAUGAAAGGCAGACAGACAAACAUCGUUGCUGUUCAUCUUCCCCUGCUUGUCAAUUAAACCUGUCCUGGUAGCUGGUUUGUGUCUAUCAGGAGCUCACAUCUAGUUCCCAGUGUGUGUGGCUAGUAUAUGGAGCACGGCACUUGCCUCAUAGAGUUUUGUGGGUUCCUUAUCAGUCUCUGUAGUUGUCUUCACUGUCAGCCUUUUUGGUAGAACCAGUUUCAUAGGCAGAAAGCUAUCUAUAUGAUAUGAUGUGAGGGAGAACAAACAGCUCUCUAUAUACUACAUAAUGGUUUGACUUUUGUGAUUCCUGAUGGGGGACCAAUACAAACUCCCCAGAAGUUUGGAAUGUAUCUCCGGUUUGAAAGGAACUCAGAGAACUCUUAGCGCUAAACACAGGAACUGGGGGAUACAGUUUAUAUAGUCAUAUGGGGGAAAACUAGGGAUACCAGGGGGAAGACAGGACCAACACAGAAAAAGAUAUGGGGAUAUCAAAGGAAAUAUGUGGCUUCACACGGUCUCCACUACAGAUGUGCAGAGGGCUGCCAUCCACAUGCGUGUAGAAAAGUGAAGUCAUGUGAACCCUCCAGUGGUAUGUUCCUAGACACAAAUCCUCAUAGAGAACACUGAGUAUACAACAAUGUUCACAGCACUGCUGGGUGUUUCAUAACUCAUCACGUGCUAGGUUUCACCAGGAGCCUAUCUGUAUUUCUCUUCAUUAAGUUCUCUUUCCUAGUUAUUGAAUCUGUUUUCUUUCUUGUUUUGUGUUUUUUUUUAAUGAGACACGGGGAAUAGCAUAUUUUGUAAACUUCGAGAUUUUUAUACAGUAAAGUAAUAAUGUUCUAGUCAUCACUGAAAUCCAAAUCUUAGAACUCUUGUUUUAUUUAAAUACAUGUGUAGAGAUGGUGGAGAUUUUCAUGUACCUAUUUACAUUGUCACCAAUAAAAUUAAAAAAUGAAAGACACAAAA